AUGGAAGAAUUGGGUGAUCGGGAAUCCUGUGGUUGGGUUGGGAAGGAGGAGGCCAAAUGGAUAAAGCAUUACCGCAGCUCUCAUAGGAUACUGCUUGUGGGGGAGGGCAACUUCUCAUUUGCAGCUUCCCUCGCCGACGCUUUUGGCUCUGCUUCCAACAUUUUCGCUACUUCUCUCGACCCCAAAGAUGAGGUAAUGCGGAAGCAUCCAAGUGCGAGAGGCAACCUGGAAAGACUGGAGAGCCUGGAAUGUACCAUUAUUCAUGAAGUGGAUGCCCACACCAUGAGCCUUCACCCCUCCCUCUCCCGUCUCCCCUUCGACAGAAUUGUGUUUAACUUCCCCCACGCUGGCUUUAUACUCCCAGAACACAAUCAUAUGCAAAUUCUGCUUCACCAGGAGUUGGUGAAGGGUUUCUUUGGGAGUGCAGUGGAUAUGCUGGCUGGGGGUGGAGAAGUGCACGUCACCCACAAGACGGCUCAUCCAUUCAGCAAGUGGGAGAUAGAGGAGCUGGCAGGGGAGUGUGGGCUGAGCCUGGCUGAGAGGGUGGAAUUCUAUAUAUGGGAUUACCCAGGUUAUGAGAACAAAAGAGGAGCUUCUACUCGCAGCGACGAGACAUUUCCCGUUGGUGAAUGCUCUACUUUUAAGUUUUCACAUUUCCCCUUUGGUUAA